AUGGACGACAACAUCGAAAUCAAGCGUGAGGACCAGACUUCGCAUGCACUGGUCCCAGACAAAGACAGGAAAUCGAGAAUCCAACACGGCGGAAAGAGGCCAAUUGACCCUUUCGCAGCGGAAGAUGACGAUGAAGAGGAGGAACGGGGCGAUGCCGUCGACGAACAAGACCAAGACGAUGACGAAGACGAUGAUGAAGAUGACGAUGAUGAUGACGACGACGAAGACGAUGACGAAGACGAUGAGGAGGAUGAUACCGCACGCGGCCAACGCAGACGUGCCAAAAAGCAACGUCGCAACCGUUUCCUCGAUGUGGAAGCCGAGGUAGAUGACGAUGAAGAGGAUCUCGACGAGGAAGAAGAGGAGCUCGCUCGCGAGGACGGCUUCAUCGAGGAAGAUAUUCCCGACGAUACCGAAGACGUUCAGAGACGCGCUGCCGCCGACAACCAGAGGCUCGACCGUUUCCGAAGACAAGAGGAGGACACCAACGCAGAAGCCCUCGCAGAAGAGCUGCGCCAGCGCUAUGGUCGAUCCGCCCGAUAUGCUGCACAGUCCGACUAUGCCGAGGUGCCGCAGCGCCUGCUCAUGCCCUCCGUCGAGGAUCCUAGUCUUUGGGGAGUCCCUUGCAAGCCCGGUCGUGAGAGAGAUAUCGUCAUGACACUCGUUCGCAAGGCCAUGGCCGAGAACUUUACUUCCAGCCCCAUGCGCAUCAUUUCAGCCUUUUGUCGAGACUCUAUCCCCGGCAGAGUAUACGUCGAAGCGCGUAGAGCCGACGAUGUUGUCAAGGCCUGCAACGGUCUCGCCGGUGCUUAUGCGCGCCAAACCACCUCGCUCCAUCUCAUUCCCAUCUCAGAGAUGGCGGAUCUGCUCAAGCUGCAAAAGGUUCAGAACGAGAUCCAAGUCGGCGGUUGGGUGCGUAUCAAGCGUGGAAAGUAUGCUGGUGAUUUGGCUCAGGUCCUCGAUGUUUCCGAGAACGGUGAAGAAGUCGGUCUCAAGAUGAUCCCGCGUAUCGACUUGAACCCGAAAGACAGUGGACUCUACACCGACAGCUUGGGCCGCAAGAGGAAGAAGGGUGCUGGCUCGUCGGCUACCACUGUGGCCUUCCGUCCGCCACAGCGUUUUUUCAACCCUGAAGAAGUGCAGAAAGCCUACCCAAGAGACACGCCAACCAAACGUGGAAGCCAAUGGGUCUUUCAAAACGACAGUUACCGUGACGGCUACCUCGAGAAGGACGUUCGAGUGACAGGUAUCAUCACCGAAAACGUCAACCCUACGCUAGAUGAGAUCACCAAGUUUGCAGGUGAGAGCUCGAUCGAGGACGGCAUCAACAAGCUUGGUGCUGUCGAUCUCAGCCUGAUCGCCGAUGCCAGCAAAAAGGCCACCGAGGCGCUCAUCCAACCCAAGGACCAGGUCGAGAUCUUUGAAGGAGAGCAGGCAGGUGUCUACGGUACCGUCAAGGCCAUCAACAAUGAAGUCAUCACCAUCCAGCUCGAGCACGAGGAUCUCAUGGAUCAGAUUGUCGAGGUACCAGCACGCAGCGUCCGAAAGCGUUUCAAGCCAGGUGAUCACAUCAAGGUCAUGUCGGGCAAGCACGCCGACGAGACGGGUCUGGUGGUCAAGGUCGAAGACAACGUCACAACCUUUCUUUCGGAUCUGUCAAUGCAAGAGGUAUCGGUAUUCAGCAAAGACAUUCGUCAAGCUGCCGAGGUGGGUUCCGGAGUCAACGUCAUCAGCGGUUACGAGCUGCACAACUUAGUUCAGCUCGAUGCGCAGACCGUGGGUAUCAUCUUCAACAUCGAGCGUGAAAGCUUCAAGGUGCUCGAUCAGACUGGUCAGGUUGUCACGGUCAAGCCGCAUCAGAUCAGCACCAAGAAAGACACGAGCCGCGCAUUUGCGCUUGACCACGACGGUAACGAGAUCCGCGCAGGAGAUAUGGUCAAGGAGGUGGCCGGUCCAUUCUCGCGUCUGCGACAGGGACAGGUGCUUCACAUCUAUCAAUCCAUGGUCGUCUUCCUGCACAACCGCGAGUACACCGAGAAUGGAGGUGUCUUUAUCGCACGAGCGCGGUCUCUGGAACCUUUGGCCCCCAAGAGUGUGUCGACCAAGACGAAAAAGGACGGCGGCGAUCUUUCCAAGAUGAACCCGGCGCUGUCCAACCUCAGUGGCGGAGGAGCCAACGAUGUUCGCGUCGAAGGUGUGCGACGGUUCGGCGGACGCGACAUGCACAAGGGCAAGAACGUAGCCAUCAUCAAAGGACCUUACAAGACCUACCGCGGCCGCAUCACUGAGACUACGGGCAACAUGGCCCGUAUUGAGCUCACCUCGGUGUCAAAACCCAUCACCGUCAGCCUUGACUGGUUGGUUGAGAAAGACCCCAUUACUGGUCGCAGCACCAAGUUGAACGCUGGUGGCUUUGGUGGACCCAGUCGUGGCGGCCACAGCGGAACGGGCUCCAGGAUGGGUGGCGCGUCAAGCAACCCUUACUCGUCCGGCAGUACCUCGAUGGGCGCCGGUGGCAGAUACAAUCCAUACGGCGGUUCGCAGCCGGCCGCAGCUGUCGGUAGCUACGGUGGAUCUUCCGGCACUGGUGCAGGCGGUUACGGUGGCUACUCGCAGCCUGUUGCAACAUCAGCCGCAGGCGCUAGUGGUUAUGGAGGAACGGGUGGUAUCGGUGCCCGAACGCCAGCGUACAACCCCUAUGCUGGAGAUGGCGGCAAGACACCGGCCUACAAUCCUUACGGCGACGGUGGUAAGACACCAGCUUACAACCCGCUUGGUGAUGGCGGAAAGACGCCUGCAUACAACGCGGCAGCAGAUGGAGGACGAACACCAGGAUACAAUCCUUAUGCCGGCGAUGGCUGGUAA